UUUAUCUCAUUAAAAAAAACUGCAUCCCGGAGGUGUUAUCAUCACAAACUCAUCUCCAAUGAGAUGUUUCUGCAUUUCUCGUCUCAACUUGUCAGACACGGCCUCAGUCUCGUCUCGCGCUACUUCUAUUUGAAGGGCUCUCCCUGUGGGUGUCACACACAGGUCUGAUGCUGCUGCAGCUGCUGCUUCCUGUAUUGAGGCACCACCACAGCACCAAAGCCCCACCGAGCUGAAAUACGGAAGAAUCUGUUGCUCGGACGCUGCCGAGCCUGCGGAAGAAAAAAAAAAAAGACACCCGAGUCGGUCUCACCGGUGUCCGCUGCCGGUAACAACCGCUGAGAAACGAGGAGGCUUGCACGUUCGGACUGAGAGACGCAGGGCACCGUUUUUUUCUUCUUCUCCUGGAGCUGGUGCUAGCUAGUAGCAGCUAGUUGGCUAGUAGCUAGUAGCAGGAGGUAGAUAACAGAAGAAGAAGAAGGAAACAUAGGAAUGUGUUCACUCCAAAAGCUAGAGAAACCUACCUGAGUUUUAAAUAUCGCCUCGGCAUGAUACGAUUUACCCAAAGAUAGCUGACUGACAUGCUACAGAAAGUAUACUAACUUUGCUAACGUUAGCUAGCUAAGUUCAUAGCCACCAAGAAGCUGAUCCUGUUGCUUUUUCUUUCCCCCACACAAGAGUUUCGAACAAGUAAAAAAAGGGUUUAGAAUAGCAGCGCCUCAGCUCACUUCCAGGUUAGUGCGUUAUUGGAGAAAAGUCCUUUUCGGGUGAUUUAUUGAGAUGGCUCCUAAAAGAAGACCCGUUCCCCUGAACAUAACGCCCAUCGGGGAGGGACAGGCCACCUCGAACACCAUCGAUGCUGCAUCUGAAGCCAACCUCGAGGCCUUACAAAAGAAACUGGGCGAGUUGGACCUGGACGAGCAGCAGAGGAAACGACUGGAGGCCUUUCUGACCCAGAAGGCUCAGGUCGGGGAGCUGAAGGAUGAGGAUUUUGAACCCAUAUGCGAGUUGGGUGCUGGGAAUGGAGGAGUGGUCAACAAGGUCCGCCACAAACCCUCGGGUCUGGUCAUGGCCCGGAAGUUGAUCCACCUUGAAAUCAAGCCUGCCAUCAGAAACCAGAUUAUCAGAGAGCUGCAGGUGCUGCAUGAAUGCAACUCUCCCUACAUUGUGGGCUUUUAUGGGGCCUUUUACAGCGAUGGGGAGAUCAGCAUCUGCAUGGAGCACAUGGAUGGUGGAUCCUUGGACCAGGUCCUGAAGGAAGCCAGAAGAAUCCCAGAAGAAAUCCUGGGGAAAGUUAGCAUAGCUGUUUUGAGGGGAUUGGCCUACCUGCGGGAGAAGCACCAAAUCAUGCACAGAGAUGUCAAGCCCUCCAACAUCCUGGUCAACUCUCGCGGGGAGAUCAAGCUGUGCGACUUUGGUGUGAGCGGCCAGCUCAUAGAUUCCAUGGCCAACUCCUUUGUUGGAACACGCUCCUACAUGUCGCCGGAGAGACUGCAGGGCACUCACUACUCCGUUCAGUCUGACGUGUGGAGCAUGGGUCUGUCCCUGGUGGAGCUGGCGAUUGGCCGCUACCCCAUCCCCCCACCAGAACCCAAAGAGCUGGAGUCUAUCUUUGGACGGGCCAUUAUGGACGGGGCCGAGGGAGAGCCUCACACCAACAUGCAGAGGCCCAGACCACCGGGCCGACCCGUGAGCGGGCAUGGGAUGGACAGUAGACCUGCCAUGGCCAUCUUUGAACUGUUGGACUACAUUGUGAAUGAGCCGCCCCCUAAACUGCCACUUGGGGUCUUCACCAAUGACUUCCAGGACUUUGUGACUAAAUGUUUGAUCAAAAACCCGGCUGAGAGGGCCGAUCUGAAGAUGUUGACGAGUCACACGUUCAUCAAACGAUCAGAAGUGGAGGGAGUGGACUUUGCCGGCUGGUUGUGCAAAACCAUGGGCCUCAACCAGCCCAGUACUCCCACCCGUGGCACUGAGUGAACCGGCCCCAACUGCCCUCACACACACCUGGGUCUUGCUUGCAUACACAUAAAUAUACUGCACAUACACGUACACAAGCCAUCACACAC